AUGCCAACUGAGAUUCUAGAAUCAUGCUUACGGUCACUGGAGUCUCGACCACAGUGGUGGACAUCGUAUAGUAAUAGUAGACAGAAUGCCGUGGUAAUAUGUCAAGCAACGCGGCUUGAGACCGAGAAGGAGGAGCUUCUUGAGCUUCAUCGCUCAAUAGUCGAAAGCUCCAUAAAGCUUAGCCACGGGCUCAAGGAGGCGCUUCAGAUGGCGUCUGCAGAAACUUCCCAGCGUCAAGCCUUCAUGGACGCGACAGCAGCUUUGCAGGCGAAGCUGACACAAGACCUAGAAGCAACUGAGACUGGCUUUAGAACUCUGCUGGGCAACUUAAUGGAAGGUAUCGAGUCUGCCGUCAACUCGGUAGUUACGACUGCAACCUCAGCCCUUGCAAGGGUACAUGAAGAUGCAGCAAGCCUCGAGAAGGACAUUCGAAAUGCUACCAAUGAAGUCAACUACCUGCGACAGAUGCUGCAAGCUGUUUAUGAUGAAGCUGUAACCAGAGAAGCGCAAACUGUGCAUGCUCAUGAGCAGAAUGUCCAGAAACAGAAUGAACUUGCGCUCUCACUUCAGUCCAGGCUCGAGUCCCUUGUGCAGGGUGAUGUGGCCCGGCUCUUUCAGGAUGUCGAGACUUUUGACGCGUCGCUAUCAUGGCUCUCAGAGAGGCUAGGACUCAUUCUACAACAAGAGCUGAGCUUGUCCGAGCGACUGCGAAACUUCGAGACAUCUCUUGAAAACUCUCAAUUGAAAGCUGAAGCUUUACAUACAGCUCAGCUGCAACAGUUCGAUGCGCUUGAAGCGCAAUAUAGAUUACAGCAACAUAUGGAAACCAACUUUCAAAUUUCACAGGCUCUCCUUGACAAGGCGACAGCGACUGCUGCGAACUUACAAGCGAUGAUUGACGAGACGACGACCAGAUAUCGAGAUUCCCCAAUCUUAGGGAAUGUUAUUGGACCAUACUCUGCAUGGACAGUGUGUGGUCUUCUUCUCAGUUUUAUAGGCGCGCACAAUCCAAGAUUAGCUCUGGCAGCUCUUUUGAUCGGUGCCGUUCACCUUACGAUGACGAGAUUCUACCACGGCGUUCUGUUUUAG